AUGGUGGGGAACCGAGCAAUGUACUUCUCAGAUGUUAUUAUGCGAAGUGACAAUGGUCAUGAAUACAAAGAAUUUCAUGAUCUAAAAGGUCACAAGUUUGCCUACAGUGAACCGUAUUCCAUGAGUGGUGCAUACAUUGUUUUGGAUGAAUUGAAGAACCAGAAGACAAAUUCCUCAUUCUUUGGAGAUAUCUUUCAGUCAGGUUCACAUCUCAAAUCUAUACAAAUGGUCCUUAAAAAACAAGUUGAUGCUGCUGCCAUCGAUUCCCGUGUUUUAAAGUAUUUUCUUGACAGAAAUCCUCGCCAUGAAAGGGAGUUAACUGUGCUUACUUCACUUGGACCUAUGCCGACUUACCCGAUUGUUUUCAGAAAAAACCUCCCAGCUGCGAUGAAAACAAGUAUUGUAAAAGCUCUUUUGGCCAUGCCAAAAAAUCCUAAAUGGGCCAGCAAGCUCCGUGAAUUAAUCUGUUUUAUCUGCACAGCUCCCUUAAUACCUUUUGCUUUAAAGGGGGGGGGUUUAUGGUUGCUAUCUUCAAUAUUUAAAACUGAAAUUCGUCUCCUCCCCUUACUCAAUGCAAGCAUGAAGUCCUUCGACAAAUCAAAUAUUGAAUUAAGUGUGAAAAUGUUCACAUUCCUUGUGAAUAUUUUUUCUUCUUUUUUUCACUUCCCUUGA